AUGGCAGUUUUACUAGAGAGUAUGUUAGAACGACUACACAAAUUGGAAAAUUUCUUCACUUUUAUAACUAAUGGUACAUCUUUAAAUUCCUCUCAGUUUGCUUCCAAUAAAAAUUUACCCCCUGUCUCCUCAGUUUUACAAGCCAAAGAUAUAAUAUUGGGUGUAAAAGAAGACUGUGUAUUAACUGAAGAAGACAUGAAACUUUAUCCUAACUGUGUUGGUAAAAUGAAUUGGAUGAAGACUAUGUGGAAAUCAGAUAAAUGUUAUGCAUCAUACGGUGUUGACGGGUCUGAUUGUUCUUUUAUUAUGUAUCUUAGUGAGGUUGAAGGAUUUUGUCCAAAGAAAGCUUGGAGUGGUUCAAAGAGAAUAAAACUAAGAGAUCAUGAUCCUAUCAAUUUGGCUGAAAUUAAAACUAAUUUAAGUGAUUUGAUGAGACUAUUGGUUGAUCCAAAUGAACGUCAAGGUUAUGCAUGGAUUAGGAUGAGAAUAAGCCGAAUGUGGGAUAAUUGGUCUGUAGCAGCUAUGAAUCUCAAUAAAAAUAUGGCUAUGGCCAACAGACCAAAGAAAAAAAUAUUGGUACAUUUAGGUCUUCUAUCAAAGCAGUCAGGUUGGAAAUUUGCUGAAAAUCAGUUCAAAGGUGGACCAUUGGGUGAACUGGUGCAAUGGAGUGAUCUAAUAUCUACUCUCUAUCUCUUGGGUCAUGAUCUACAAAUAACUAGCGAAGUUGAACAGCUGGUUGCAAUAUUGUCUAACUUACCAGCUGCAAAGUCCCCAUGUCAGAGUCGGAAAGAAUUACCUGUAGAUAUAAUCUAUACAGAUAUUGUUGGCCUUACACAGUUUAAAAAAAGAGUCAAAGGAGGCUAUGGUAAAUUUAUUUGUUUGUUCAGAAUUUUAGACAGUUUUGGAACGGAACCAGCUUUCAAUCAUCGAGCAUUCGCAAAACAGAAUAAAAUAUUAACGUCAUGGGGAGGACAAGAUCUAAAACCAAAACAAUUUUUCACUAUGUUCCCUCACAGUCCAGAUAAUUCCUUUAUGGGCUUUGUGGUUGAACAACAUCUAAAUAGUUCUAUGAUUAAAUCAUUAAAAAGAAAGAAACAGGCUGUAGUUUAUGGUAAAAAUGACUAUAUGUGGAAAGGUAAAAGAGGGUAUUUAGAUCUGAUUAAAGAACAGUUUGAAAUCCAUGGAACUGUAGCAGGAGAUAAUUUAAAGAAUGUUCCUAGUUACGUUAUUAAUCAUGGUAUAUUACCAGGACCAGAAUUACACAAAUUAUUGUCCCAAUCUCAGUUGUUUAUAGGUCUAGGUUUUCCAUAUGAAGGCCCAGCACCAUUAGAAGCUAUAGCUAAUGGAGCAGUUUACAUAAACCCUCAAUUCAUUCCACCUCAAAACAGUAAAAAUACACCAUUUUUUAAAGGAAAACCAACCCAAAGAGAGUUAGCAAGUCAGCAUCCAUACGCUGAGAUAUUUAUUGGUGAACCACAUGUAUAUACUAUACCUAUUAAUAAAACCCAGAUAGUCAAAUCUACCUUACAAACUAUUAUAGAUAACAGCAGGUUUAAACCAUAUCUACCGUAUGAAUAUACAGAAGAAGGAAUGUUACAAAGAAUGAAUGCUUAUAUUGAACACCAAAACUUCUGCCAAUUUGAUUCCAAAAUAUCAAAAUGGCCGCCAUUAGAAGCGAUGACCAAUAUAUUAGGACGUGCUGGCAUGUCUUGUCGUGAUGUUUGUGCAAUAAAUGAUCUUAUAUGUGAAAGUAAUCAUUUCCGUGAGUUGAACAUAAAAGAAAGUUUAGAAAAUAAUGGAAUCCAAUGUGCAGGGACAAAUAAAUCCUCUAAUAUAUAUUAUCCUUCAUAUAAUAUCAAUACUGAACAGUGUAUUUUACAAGCAGACGAACUAUUAUUCAGCUGUGUUGGCAGCCAUUCUCUGCUACGUAGAUUGUGCCCCUGUCGUUCAUAUAUCAAAGGACAAAUAGCUUUAUGUAUUGGUUGUGAAAGGUGA